GUUGCAUGUCUCCCCCUAGCGGCCAAUAAGCAUCAUCCUCUACGGCUGCGGGCGGCCAGUCGACAGCAUCAAUGGGAGGACAAAAUUGACUCGACGACACGAUUGACAGUCACCAGAGCUCAACAAGUGAAGGUGGGCGGAGCCUCCUUCCCUCCUGGUGGUCUCAAUGGAGGAAAAGUAUGCAGAGCCCUCUCCCGUCCAAUUGGAACACGACGCCCCCUCCCCGCGCCCGGUUCCCGCUGCCGCCAUCACUCCCCCACUGGGCGUCAUCAGUGAGGGGACGGGCGAGGGGGCGGGCAGCGAAGGAGCGGGGCCGCUGAUCGACGCGGCGGCGGCAGAGAGGGCGUGUCGGGAAGUCCUGCACAAGCUCAAGCUGAGACACAUCGACCCCGCCUGCGACGGGGACAGGUCGACCGGGUCAGACAGGGACCAGGACGGGGAUGAGGACGGGCGGGCGGAGGGUGGCCGGCGGCGGCGGCGGCCCAACCCGUCCAAGCAGUCAUGGCUCCUGCGCCUGUUUGAGUCCAAACUCUUUGAUGUGUCCAUGGCCAUCUCUUACCUGCAUAACUCCAAGGAGCCCGGCGUGCAGGCCUAUAUCGGCAACCGACUCUUCAGCUUUCCACACGACGACGUUGAUUUCUUCCUGCCGCAGCUCCUCAACAUGUACGUGCACAUGGAUGAGCACGUCGGCGACGCCAUCAAGCUUUACGUGGUGCAUCGCUGCAGGCAGAGCAUCUCGUUCAGCCUGCAGUGCGCGUGGCUGCUGGCGGCGUACUCCUCCGAUAUGCACAUCUCAACGCAGCGCCACUCGCGAGGUGCCAAGUUGCGCAAGCUCAUCCUGUCCGACCAGCUCAAGCCGGCCACCAGCCGGGCCCGCCGGGACCCCCUGACGCUGGCGCCCUUCUGUGCCAUGCCCACCGAGACAGGCCUGUCGCCCUCCAAACGCACACACCAGCGGUCCAAGUCGGACGCCGCCGUGGCCGUCAGCCUCAGUGGCGACCUCAAGAGGACGGCCAGCAACCCCAAAGUGGAGAACAGCCAUGACGAGCCGCUGCGCCUGGCGCCGCAGCGCGACUUCAUCAAGUCUUUGAUGGGCAUCGGUAAGCGUUUGGCCACUCUGCCCACCAAAGAGCAGAAGACGCAGCGGCUCAUCUCGGAGCUAUCGCUGCUCAACCACAAGCUGCCCGCCCGCGUCUGGCUGCCCACCGCCGCCUUCGAGCACCACGUGGUGCGCGUGCCGCAUACGCAGGCCGUCGUGCUCAACUCCAAGGACAAGGCGCCUUACCUUAUCUAUGUGGAGGUUCUGGAGGUGGACAACUUUGAGACGGCCAAGGUGCCGGCUCGAAUCCCGGAGAACCGUAUCAGGAGCACACGCUCAGUGGAGCACCUGCCUGACUGCGGCAUGAGCGCUGAGCAACGCGCCGGAAGCUUCUCCACCGUCCCCAACUACGACAACGAUGACGAGGCCUGGUCGGUGGACGACAUCGGCGAGCUGCAGGUAGAGCUUCCGGAGGUUCACACCAGCUGCGACAACAUCAGUCAGUUUUCCGUGGACAGCGUAGGCAGUCUUGACAGCAAAGAACCCGUCUUCAUCGCCGCGGGGGACAUCAGGCGUCGGCUGUCUGAGCAGCUGGCGCAGACCCCCACCGCUUUCAAGCGCGACCCCGAGGACCCGUCGGCCGUGGCUCUCAAAGAACCGUGGGAGGAGAAAGUCCGGAGGAUCCGUGAAGGCUCCCCUUACGGGCACAUGCCAACCUGGCGCCUGCUAUCCGUCAUCGUCAAGUGCGGCGAUGACCUCCGUCAGGAGUUGCUGGCCUUCCAGGUGCUGCGGCAGCUGAAGACUAUCUGGGAGACGGAGCGGGUGCCGCUGUGGAUCAAGCCCUACAAGAUCCUGGUUCUGUCGUCGGACAGCGGCAUGAUCGAGCCGGUGGUCAACGCAGUGUCGCUGCAUCAGGUCAAGAAGCACAGCCAGCUGUCUCUGCUGGACUACUUCCUGCAGGAGCACGGUGCGCCCACCACCGAAGCCUUCCUGACAGCGCAGAGGAACUUUGUGCAAAGCUGUGCUGGCUACAGCCUCAUCUGCUACCUGCUGCAGGUCAAGGACAGGCACAAUGGCAACAUCUUGCUGGACGCAUGCGGCCACAUCAUCCACAUCGACUUCGGCUUCAUCCUGUCCAGCUCGCCCAAGAACCUCGGCUUCGAGACGUCCGCUUUCAAACUCACCGCCGAGUUUGUUGAGGUGAUGGGCGGUCCCGACGGCGACAUGUUCAAUUACUACAAGAUGUUGAUGCUCCAGGGCCUGAUCGCCGCCCGCAAGCACAUGGAGCGUGUGCUGCAAAUUGUGGAGAUCAUGCAACAAGGUUCGCAGCUACCCUGCUUCCACGGCUCAAGCACCAUGCGAGGCCUGAAGGAGCGCUUCCACAUGAGCCUGACUGAGGAGCAGCUGCAACUUCUAGUUGAACAAAUGGUUGUGGGCUCCAUGCGCUCGCUCACCACCAAACUUUACGACGGCUUCCAGUACAUCACCAACGGCAUCAUGUGACCGCUGGAGCGCAACCGCCGUGAUGACUAUUGGAUUCUCAGGUGUUUUGGGUCACUGGUGUCUUGGUCAUUCUUCCGUGGAGAAAAGUCGGUGUGACAUUCCUGACAUGUUUUGCUCCAUUUAGUUAUUUUAGUUGGGUGUGACGGAAACACCCUGACCUGUCAACAUUGCCACUCCUAACAAGGCCCCCGUCCACAUUGUACAGCGUCGCUUGGAAAUGUCAAUUCACAUUUAAUGGCAGCGGUGAUUUAUUUGACGGUGUACUGCUUCAUGGACGCACCGAAAUAAAAGUGUGACAAAGUUUCACUAUAAAUUGUCACUAUAAACUCUUUCUGCUCCUAAAACAAGAGGCUGGUCAUUAAGCAAAACAUUAAGCUGGAGAAAGAAAGAAAGAAGGAAAGAAAGAAAAGGACAAGCUGCCAAAGAGCCCCCUGCAACUGCUCAGCCAUGAGCUCACGGCGUCCUGUCAGUUUGGUUGACGCUAUAGGACUCGAUGGCCGGGAGCUUCCAAGCCAGCAGGAGUUGCAGCGCGCUUGCUUGUGGGCCACCGGGACAGACGAAGAGACGAAUGCCAACCCGCGUUCACCUGAAACGUUCUUCGGACGUAUCCCUUCAUCAGCGCUUCUCUCAGGUGCUGGGUGGGCAACUGAUGCGGCCCCACGUGGCAACCGUUCCCAAGUCUGUGCUUCUAUUGGUGGCAUCCUCAUCUUCAAAGAGGCAAACGUGCUUCUCGCCAGUGCCCGCGACUUCACCCCCCGCCAGACGAGCGGGCGUGUGGACUCGGCUGGGCUGGCGGCGGGUCGGCUUUUGGACCUUCCGGAACAAGUACGGAUGGAGAGCCAGGUGCCGCGCCGCCCUCGCCAAACCAAGGUUAGCUGGAAGGCUGGCUGGACGUCGCUGCCAAAAAGUGGCUCGUGGAGCCCUGGAGUCCUCUGUUUGUUCGAGGAGGCGGAGCAUCAAAGUGCCCACUAAAAGAGAGCUGGACGCGCAGCUGGAUGGCUACAUGGCCAUGUCCAGGAAGCGACUGGAUGCCGACCUAGACGCGUAUAUGGCCAAGUCCAAGAAGCAACUGGACGCCGAUCUGGACGCCUACAUGGCGCUCGCCGGACAGUCGCCAACAUGGUGGGAAUGAGCGCUGCGCGCUUUGCCACCUCUAAGCUUUUUUUUUUUUUUUCGUUUUGCCUAGCGUUCGCAUAGACUUAUUUAGCUUGCGGGCCUGUUAGAUAGGUGAGAUAGAGAGGUGAGAGGGACCAACGGGUGCACAUGUUUUACUUUGCAUUCUGGAAUGAAGGCUCGGAGGUUUUUCUUCAUACCCUCAGCUGAACGGUCGCCAACAUCAGCAAGAGCACCAAACUGGGUCCUGCCCCUGAAGCCUGAACAGGUCAAAGGUCACAUGUGUACACACUUCCUCGGCAGAGUUUGACAUUCAGACCUUUGCUCACCUUGUUUCUGGCCUUUGGAGAUGUUGCUGUAACUAGACACAAAGGCACAACAGCGCUAAACAGGCAUUUGUGGCUGUGUUGGUCCCUUAGAUUCCAAUCAUGGCUUGAUUGUGAAAACAAGUAGAAAAUUGGUCUCCACGCUUUGUGGCAGUCAGUGAUGACAACAAAUGAAUCUCGAUCUCGAUCUCAAAAUAACUUUGUGUAAAGCUUUUUAGUGGGUUUGGGUGUGUGACCUGUUCUUUGAUUAAAGAAUCAUUUGGUGCCUUGGCAUUUGAGCUAAA